UGGUAAGCGAGUUGUUGCAUUAAUAAUACAGUUUUAAAAUACGACAUAACUGCUGUGUAGCGCAACGUUAACGUCAAAAGAGCAAGCGAAAGUUUGUUUUUUAGAGCAACUUCCUGUUGACCGACGCUAAACAGCGCCGAUAAAAACAUGGACUCCGAGUAUUUAAAAGGACAUGUGGGAAAAUGUCUGGCAGAGGGACUCGCUGAAGUGGCCGAGCAGCGCCCUGUAAACCCCAUCCUGUACCUCGGCCACUGGCUUUACAAGUACAACUCAAAUGUAGAAUACGAGAAGGAGAAAAAGGCCAAGUUGGCACUCCUGGAGGAGGAGCGGGCCAAAGCCAGAGAAGAGGCGUUGCACCAGGAGAAGCUGAGGGAGGAGGAGCGAAAGAUCAGUGAGGCCCUGGAGGAGUCCAAAAGAAAUUCUGAGGCCACUGGGUCUGAUGCGCCCACGCCAGCCACAGCAGGAGCUGCUGAAGACAACAAACCUGUGACAGAAGAAAAACCAAACAACCCUGGUCCAGAAAACCAGCAGGGCACAGAAGAACACCAAACUGACGCUGAACCAGAGGUGAAGGUUACAGAUGCUGCAACCCGUCCUGAGUCCCCUGAGGGAAAACCUGUGGAGGUCAUUAGCUCAUCCCUCUCUGAGGCCCUCAGCACGGAGGUCAAAGAGGAGUCUACAGAAAUGCCUGUUGAAAACGCCCAAGUGGAGCCGAGGAUCAAUGAAGCAGAAGGCAAACCAGAAGUGGAGCCGAGUGACAAUCACGUGGAAGAGAAAACUGCAAGCACCAAUGAAAUAGAAGUGAAAGAAGUCGACCAAGACAAGGAUAAGGUGGUUGAUCCGGCUGACCGGCGGACCGAAGCAUUAGACUCGACUUCUGGCCAAGACGCCGAUGACUUCGAACCAGACAAAACAGAAGAGCUACCCAACACACAAAGCCCUCGUUCCACUGGCCCUCCACACACAGAGGAGCAGGCUGAUGAAGGCGAAACUGAUCAUUUGGAGUCACCUUCAGCCCCACAGAGCCAAGGUCUCAAACCAGAGGAGCAGGUGGCAGAAACUGAACGGGGGACUCAGAAAUCAGAUUCUCCACCUGCACAGGACCAGGAAAAGGAGGCAGACGUUCAACGCACAAGCGGGAGCGCUGAUAGCUCGACUCCAGCAGAGGGGACGGCGCUGAGCGAGAGACCCGUGACUUCACAAGGGGAACCUGGAAACCCUCCUCCUGACACGGGACACCUUCAGGAGAAGGAGGAAGAAAAGGAAGCAGACCAGAUGUGAUGAAGUCGGUGUUGGCUGACAAACCACCGACCCAACACCAAGAUUAAUAAAUGAUUUUAUAGCUUCAGGAUA